UAUAUAUAUAUAUAUUAGUAUUAUUGAGUUCUUUUCGAGAUAUCUCGGCCACUCGAUUUUAAGUUUAAUAUUAGUAUAUAUUUCCGGGUAUUUUAGAUUAUUAGUUUCUCUGUUUUUAUGUUUACUAUUCAGUGUUAGGCUAAUUAGUUAUAUAUUUAUAUUAAAUUGGUUAAAAUUAUAUAUAUUGUGUUAUGUUGAUAUAUGUCAAGUUAUCCUAUCACUCGUACAUUAUCUUUCAUAUCACUAAAUAUUCCGGCAUAAUAUACUAUACUAUCAUAUUGAUGUCAACUCUUUUUUUUUCUCUUCGAUUAUAGGGUGAAAAACGAAUUUGUAGGUUAUAAAUCAAAGUUUUCAACAAAAGCUCAAAUUUCACUAUGAGCCGCACCAGAAAGUUAUUAACGAAAGAGAAGUUGACCGAGCAAAUGAAUCAAGUGAGCCAAGAUGAAGAAAAUGUUGCAUUGUCGAUGUUAAAUAUGUCGAACUCGAACACCAAAGAAACAGAGAAGAAGCAGAUGAAGCGGAAGAAGGAUUGCGAGGAAAAGCAUGAGAAGAAGCGGAAGACGAAUUGGACAAAGGAAAUGGAGUUAGAGUGGAGACCUGAGGAUUGUGCGCAGCCAUUCGGGGAAGUGAGUAAGGUUACUGGUAAGGGUGCAAAGAAAAAGAGUCAUUACAAGACAUUCAACUUUCGUGGCACACAAUAUGGACUGGAGGAUUCAGUGCUAUUGGUUCCAGACGACCCUAACAGCAAGCCCUAUGGUGCCAUUAUAAAGGAUAUUUAUAUACCAAACAAAGAAAAAUACGUGAAACUUUCAGUCCAGUGGUUUUAUCGCCCAGAGGAUGUGGAUAAAAAACAUGUUGGAAAAUGGGAAUCAAAAGAUUCAAGAAGCCUAUUCUACAGUUUCCAUUGCGAUGAAGUGUUUGCUGAAUCUGUGAAGUACAAGUGUGUUGUGAAUUUCGUGCCAGAGAAUAAGCAAAUCCCAAACCGUAGUGAGCAACCUGGCUUCAUCGUGCAACAUGUUUAUGAUUUUGUUAAGAAGAAGCUGAGGAAGUUCACUGAUAAUGUCUUUGACGUGCACCAAAAGGAUGAGAUUGAUCGUCUUGUGGCAAAGACGAUUUUACGAGUUGGUGAUCUUCCUGACAUUGAGAAAGAUCAAAAGACUAAGAAUUCAAGAAGUAAAAGAAUUGUUCAGAAAGAGUAUAUGGGAAGAGCUAAGAGAAGGAGUCCUAAAGCCGGGACGGUUUAUAAGUCGAUCUUGGAGGAUUUUGAUUUGUUAACCGGUGAUUCGGAUCGUGACAAGGGAUUGGAGGAGCUCCUGGAAGCAGUUAAGCACGAGUGUCGUACAACUAAGAAGAAACAAGCUCGUGAUAGUGAUUUUUACUGGCCAGAUGAUGUUGUUCCGGUGGUUCGAGCUCUUGAGCAGGUUUUAUAUGAUUCUUUGGCAGAAGAUAUGUCAAAGUACAAUCACAAGUUGGAGAUUAUGGUCGAUAAUCUCAAGGUUAGUUUUAUUCCUUUAUCUCCUCCAUCCUAUAUUUUUCUUUUUGUUUUGCAUGUUCUUGUUUUCUAUUUUUUUGUUGUCAAUGCAUGUGCUCCUGAAGCCCUAAACUUUGAAAAAUAUUUCAUUUUAAAUAUGAAAUUUUUGUUGUUAUUGUUUGUUUGCAGAACUCAUCACGAGCGCUAGCUAGACGACUUCUCGAUGGCGAAUUAAAGCCAGAACAACUUAUAAUGAUGGAAAGCUAUGAGCUAAUGGUAAUCUCUUUCAUUCACAAACUUUCUUCACAUUUCUACACAAAAAUCUCUAAUGUUGUUUUUCAUUUGGUCUACAAUAUCACCGUUUACGUAAUACCGGAUUUCGUCAAGUAAAUUUGGAAUGUUUUUAGUUGAGCCAAUACCACUGAACCUGAAUCUUAAUGUUUUAUUAGCUCAUAGACUGGUCAAUUAUUAAUCACAUCGUAAGUUAUUUUGAUAUGUUAAACUCACUCUGGUUAGCUUUCAUUGUUUCCGGACAGCAGCGCGGUUUCACUUUUGAUGAAAUAACGGCCGACUUGGAAGAGCCAAUAUUGAUGAAAGAUGCUCCAUCCACCUCCAAAAGUGUUGGGCGCAAAGAAGAUUAAAGAAGAUGCUAAACCUUCAAAUAAUUGUAUCGUCCUCUUCUUAGUCGCUAGAGGGUUUCUUUCCUAAAGUUUUCUGUCAAGGUAUGAUGCAAAUCGUAGCUUUUUAUUUCAUGAAUUAUUAUCUAAAACUACAAUCUUUAAAGUUUAAUAAUUUUUAUAAUGUCAUAUUUGUAACAUGUGUUGGCAUGUAUUCAGUUGAACUAAAUGAAUCAAAAGUCAUUGUUUUUUUUUCGGAUAA